AUGCGCAAUGUUGGCAACGGGCCUGGGAUGGCUGGUAGCCGUGUUCCCGCCAGUGGGUCGUCGGCUUUUCGACGAAGUGGCGGCGGAGUUGAGGCAACGCCGUGGGGCGCGCCUCCCAUCGGAGCCUCCUCGGUUUUCUACGACGGCGCCGACAAUGCCACGCAUCACGCUCCCUAUGGUCCCGGUGCACUGGGCGGGGACUGGGGCGACGCUGCUGCAAAUCCUUCUCUGUACAGCUGGAAGGCUGACCCGUCACGCAAUCGCCCGCCGCCAAACAUCCAGCCGUCGCUGUCGGGAUUGCGUGGCAAUGGAGGCAGUAGUCUUUCGCAGAAUGCAAAGCGUGUGGAGACGGCCUCGCGGCCUAUCGAAAAGUUGGAUGAGAGGGGCGGUGCUGGCGGAGACUUCAAGAGUGGCUCCACGAAUACAAACUGGCUCGGCGGCCCGGCAGACGGCGCUAUCCCCGACACGCUCGAGCGCGCCACGUUGCAGCACGCUUUUGGCUCCGGCGACUUCUCCAUGGUGGAUCGGCAGCAGCUGACUCUCACACGGUUGAUACACCUCAUGUUGGACGCCACGCUGAAGCCGCGCGACCCCGACAGCCGCGGGUUCGGUGGUGACGGCGCCACAAAGCUCGCAGAGCAGCGUGAGGAGCUCAAGACGAUGGACCAGCGCAUCGUACCGUUCCAGCACGACGACGUGAUGAACGACUAUCUAAAGAACAUCGACAGACUACACAGCCCAAGUGGAGCGCUGUGCCAACGCGACGUACUCAAGGGUCGCCUGGUUGGGCUGCUCUUCUUCACAGAGUCGGAGCGCUCUCUGACCUUCAUGCGGUACCUGCAGGUUUUUCACAAGAGGCACAGCCCUGACUUCGUCGUCGUCGCCGUGUCGCUCGCCGCGAAGGAGAUGAUGGACAUUACGCGCUCCUUUGGCUUCUUUCACUGCACGCACCGUGACGGGGCGUCGUGGGUGUCGCGCGAUGCUGGGCUGGUGCUGCGCCCUUUUGUUGCGCUUCCCCGCCUGAUUGUGGUGAACGGCACAAGCGGGAUCGAGGUCACCCGUGGCGGGGUAACAGCCGUCAUGGCGAACCCGGAGACAUGCUUCCAGGCAUGGAGGCGCGGCAAGGGUGGGUUCCGGUACCGCGACUGGUUCAAGUCCAUGUACAUGUGA